GCCGCGUCUGGGCAGCGGGAGGAGCGGACUGAGCGGCAGGCUCUCGGGACUCCAGGCUUUGGCGGCGCCGAGGGGCGCUCCUAUUGCAGCCUUCCCGGUUCGGAGCUUCUCUGCCGAGGCGCCCGUGCCCCCGGGCUGCUCGCCUCGGCCCCCAUUGGCCCCGAUGCCGAGGCAUGGAUAGAACGGCGUUGCGCGCGGCGGCGAUGGGCGAGAAGAAGGAGGGCGGCGGCGGGGGCACCGCGGCGGCCGCGGACGGGGACGCAGGGGCUGCGGCCAGCCGGGCGCUGCAGCAGUGCGGCCAGCUGCAGAAGCUCAUCGACAUCUCCAUCGGCAGCCUGCGCGGGCUGCGCACCAAGUGCUCGGUGUCCAACGACCUCACGCAGCAGGAGAUCCGGACCCUAGAGGCAAAGCUGGUGCGCUACAUCUGCAAGCAGCGGCAAUGCAAGCUGAGCGUGAGCCCCAGCAACAGGAGCGCCGAGCUCAACAGCUACCCGCGCUUCAGUGACUGGCUGUACAUCUUCAACGUGAGGCCCGAGGUGGCGCAGGAGAUUCCCCAAGAGCUCACACUGGAUGCCCUGCUGGAGAUGGACGAGGCCAAGGCAAAGGAGACGCUGCGGCGCUGGGGAGCCAGCGCUGAGGAGUGCAGCCGGCUACAACAAGCCCUCACCUGCCUUCGGAAGGUGACCGGCCUGGGAGGGGAGCACAAGGACGACUCUGGUUGGAGUUCCGCGGAGGCACAACGAGAAAGUAGUUCAGGGCCUUCAGCGGACAUGCUCUCCCCACUGGGCCGACUGGGUGUCGGCACUCAGGGGCCGCGUUCCGUCUCCGUGUCAGCCCUGCCUGCCUCAGACUCUCCAGUUUCCGGCCUCAGUGAGGGCCUCUCGGACACCUGUAUCCCCUUGCACGCCAGUGGCCGGCUGACACCCCGGGCCCUGCACAGCUUCAUCACGCCCCCUACGACACCCCAGCUGCGACGGCACGCCAAGCUGAAGCCGCCAAGGACACCCCCGCCCCCAAGCCGCAAGGUCUUCCAGCUGCUGCCCAACUUCCCCACGCUCACACGCAGCAAGUCCCACGAGUCCCAGCUGGGAAACCGAAUCGAUGAAGUCACCCCAGUGAGGUUUGAUCUCCCUCAUGGGUCCCCACAGCUGGUACGAAGGGACAUCGGGCUCUCAGUGACACACAGGUUCUCCACGAAGUCGUGGCUGUCCCAAGUGUGCAACGUGUGCCAGAAGAGCAUGAUGUUCGGGGUGAAGUGCAAGCACUGCAGGUUGAAAUGUCACAACAAGUGCACAAAGGAGGCCCCCGCCUGCAGAAUAUCCUUCCUCCCACUGGCCAGGCUUCGGAGGACAGAGUCUGUCCCCUCAGAUAUCAACAACCCGGUGGACAGAGCAGCAGAGCCUCAUUUUGGAACCCUCCCCAAGGCCCUGACAAAGAAGGAGCACCCUCCAGCCAUGAACCUGGAUUCCAGCAGCAACCCAUCCUCCACCACAUCUUCCACACCCUCAUCACCGGCACCCUUCCUGACCUCGUCUAACCCCUCCAGUGCCACCACGCCCCCCAACCCCUCACCUGGCCAUCGGGACAGCAGGUUCAACUUCCCAGCUGCCUACUUCAUUCAUCAUAGACAGCAGUUUAUCUUCCCAGACAUUUCAGCCUGUCCUCAGGCAGCCUCGCUCUCCAGCACAGCCGACAGUACACGGCUCGACGACCAGCCCAAAGCAGCCGUGCAGGGUGUGCACGAGGCAGAGGCGGAGGAGCCCGAGGCUGUCAAGUCUGAGGCAGAAGAUGAUGACGACGAGGUGGAUGACCUCCCCAGCUCCCGUCGGCCCUGGCGGGGCCCCAUCUCCCGAAAAGCCAGCCAGACCAGCGUGUACCUGCAGGAGUGGGACAUCCCCUUUGAACAGGUGGAACUGGGUGAGCCCAUCGGGCAGGGCCGCUGGGGCCGGGUGCACCGAGGCCGAUGGCACGGAGAGGUGGCCAUUCGGCUGCUGGAGAUGGACGGCCACAACCAGGACCACCUGAAGCUGUUCAAGAAGGAGGUGAUGAACUACCGGCAGACCCGGCAUGAGAACGUGGUGCUCUUCAUGGGGGCCUGCAUGAACCCACCCCACCUGGCCAUCAUCACCAGCUUCUGCAAGGGACGGACAUUGCACUCAUUCGUGAGGGACCCCAAGACGUCUCUGGACAUCAACAAGACGAGGCAGAUUGCCCAGGAGAUCAUCAAGGGCAUGGGCUACCUCCACGCCAAGGGCAUCGUGCACAAAGACCUCAAGUCCAAGAACGUCUUUUAUGACAAUGGCAAAGUGGUCAUCACAGACUUCGGAUUGUUUGGGAUCUCGGGCGUGGUGCGAGAGGAACGACGUGAGAACCAACUGAAGCUGUCCCAUGACUGGCUGUGCUACCUGGCCCCCGAGAUUGUGCGAGAAAUGAUCCCCGGGAGGGAUGAGGACCAGCUGCCCUUCUCCAAAGCCGCUGACGUCUACGCCUUCGGGACUGUGUGGUAUGAACUACAGGCGCGAGACUGGCCCUUUAAACACCAGCCCGCAGAGGCCUUGAUCUGGCAGAUUGGAAGUGGGGAAGGAGUGAGGCGCGUCCUGGCAUCCGUCAGCCUGGGGAAGGAAGUCGGCGAGAUCCUGUCUGCCUGCUGGGCUUUCGACCUGCAGGAGAGACCCGGCUUUGGCCAGCUGAUGGACAUGCUGGAGAAGCUGCCCAAGCUGAACCGGCGCCUCUCCCACCCCGGGCACUUCUGGAAGUCCGCUGACCGCUGGCGGAGCCGCUACUACGGGAAAGGACGCUAUGGUCACCCUGACUUUAAGAGCUCCUGUCCAGUCCUGGAGGAAUACAUUAACAGCAGCAAAGUCAUGCCCCGCUUUGAAAGGUUUGGCCUGGGGUCCCUGGAAUCCAGCAAUCCAAAGAUGUAGCCAGCCACGCAGGUCCGUGCAGAGCAUGUCUUCCUUUCUGAAACUGGUUGCGAGACAUGCAAACCACCACCGCUCGGAGUGAGAGAAGCCCUGCUGCAUCCCGAGCUGCAGACUAGGAGUGUUCUCCGUGAGAAAUGUGCAUUAUGAAGGUGUGUGGGGCUCCGGACUGGAGCCACGUGUGCCACUCUAAGGGGACACCACUACAGCCAGUGUUUACACAGAGGUUUCUCCCCGGCAAGCGUGGUGUUUCACAGUCGGUAAUAAUAAUUCUUCAGGAGGGUGCUGGCACUGCGGAGAAGCAGAAGUGCUCCCCCUGACCUUUCGGAGACCCUGGAGCAGUGGGGGGGGGGGGAGCGUGCAGAGUUGAGCCUGAAGGAAGACAAGCAGCAUGGAUGUGGCUGUUCUGGGAAAGGGGAACAUGGCAGGAGGUUUGCCCUGGUCUGCGCUUGGGCCCUGACCCCCACUGGUUCCUCUGUUUGUCCUGUGAGGAGCACCAGCCCUCCCUUAGCUUACAAAGGAAACCCCGGUGAGAAACCCAUCUGGAUUAUGGGGGUCAGGAGUUCCUGGAGAGCUUGGCUUCGGUUUCCGCUCUGAUCUAGGCCUGGGCUAAGUAAGGUACACACAGAAUCCAUGUGGCUUCUCGGUGGAUCUGAUGCUCUUAGCCCGUCUUGUACCACAGGGGGAGGAAGCAGCCACGCAUCUGUAGAGGCAUCCGCUGCUUCUGAGGCCUCCAGGAGGGCAUGAAGGUUGUGGAACUCAGCCUCUAUCAUCAGACAACCCCCCAGGGCACCAUCUUCACCCCCAGAACCAAGAGCUAGCCCAUCAGCUGUGUGGACAAUGGGCUCCUGGUUGAGGAGAACAGGGAAGGUGGCAGAGGUGGCCUGCAGUGCCCUAGCGCCGUAGAACCCAUUGUUUGUCAUACCAGAAGGCUCUAGCCCUACCACCACCUCCUUCCCCCGUCACUGAAACCUUUAGGUCAUUCUGAUCCCCAUGUGUGCUCUGAGCUCAGGUGGGGGCGUGAGGCCAUCCAGGCACCUUAGCUAGAUAAGCUCCUGUCUUUGAGCCUCAGACUUCAGCUUGUUCAUUCCAAGGAGCAGAAGGGGCUGGACUGGGGUAACUCAGACAUGCUCCACAGAAACUGUCAGCUGUAGAGCGGAGGGUAGGCAGCAUGCAGCGCCACAACCAGAGGAGGAAAGAAGCGGGAGUGGAGAAGCCGUUGGAUUCUGGCUUAGAUCCUGCUGUGGCGUGGCCACAGAGCUCCCUCUCAGUUAAACCCCCGAGGAAAGCCUCGGUUUUCAGUGUUCCCUGGCACCUGAAUCCGGUCAGGUGUCUCUCAAAACAGGCCACUCUCUGAGGAGAUGUGGGACUGUCCUUACCCGCCCCCCUCCCCCCAGCACAGUUCAGGCAGCUGGGACAGUAGCAGCGUGACCCUGCCUCAGUGUGGGGCAGAAGAGCUAUGAAGCCUGUGUUCAGCUCUGCCUGGGUCACACAUCCUCCGAAAUGGGACUGUUGAGUCAUUUCCCAUCCCUUUGGCUUUCCACCUCAGCCCUUGACAUGACGUGCCUAGUCCAGAACCACACAGUGUAGCCACCGCCUCGCGAAAGCCUCACACCUGCGCCCCCCAGAGGCCACACCGUCUAGCCUCUGGCCAUUCCCGCACUUUGUGAACAUUGUGAUGUCAGCCUCCCCUCACAGCUAGAACAUGAGCCCCCAGACCGGCAGCUGAGUCACCUCCUUCAGUCAUCCCUAGACACCAAACCACAGAAGGUGUCACACACGCAGCCCACUGGCAGCCUGGGUCUCGCUCUUUGAACCCCGCAGCGAGUGCGGUCCUAUGUGUGUGCUGGGGAGUGGACAGGAACAGCCGUGGUCCCGGUCCUGAGGAGCUGACCAUCCUUGGGGGCCAGUCUGCUGGGGGCUGCAGUGCUGGUCCCCCUUCCUCUCCCAGGCCUGCCUCUCUGCGCUGCACUUAAGAGAGUCCCCACCAUAGUCCCCGCUUCCUUUCCGACUUGAGUGACUGUGAAUUGAGGUUAGGAAAGCGUGCCUCCUAUGUGCUGUCCCAGGAAACACAUGAAGGAUGACGGAUACUGUGAAUUCAGUCCCCAUAGCCCCCGUGAAGGCAAUGAAAAGGGCUCGAGCUGCAGAGGGCCUGGCCACCUGAAGCAUGCAAGUACAGCAAAGACUUUGGCCCCUUUUCAGGCACUCGGAGUUCCCAGCCUCAGCCCCUAAGGAGGCCUUUUCCCAUCAGAGUGGCAAGCAGCGAAUCCCAGCUAGUGUCAGUCUGGCUGCUCUAACGAACCACAUCAACGGCCUGGGCUGUUGUCGUCUUGUUGGCCUGUGUUGCUCUGUAGUGACAGGCUGGGGUGGGACAGCCAUGCUGUGCUGCAGCACUAGCCAGGAAGUCAUCUGUGCGUGCACCUAGCGUCUUCUGCGGCCACGAAGCACACAUGUGUUUGCUUACUUUGAAUGUGAUGUAAAAUUUGUACAGCAAAAGUUUUUAUAUUUUCUAUCAAUUGCAUUUGUCUUCCAGAAAUGUUUUAAUUUAAAUUAAAAUGGUUAGUCUUGAUGGACAUGUGAUAUUGGGGGUUUGCCACUGCUAAGAAUGUACCCUGGCUGAGCCAGGCCUAGGGCUCUGAGGUUUGUGAAUAAAGUUUUACC